AUGUUGUCCACAGCUCAACAGAUGCUGCAGGAUAGCCGCUCCAAGAUCGAGCUGAUCCGACUGCAGAUUAUCAAAGUCACCCAGGCUGGCAGCAGCACCGGCGGCGGUGGUGGCGGUAUUGGCAGUGAUGAUGGUGGCAACCAUAACAGCUCCACUCAUAGAGGGAUCUCUCCGGUCGCCGUCGGUCCCGCGGAGGCUCAUUUCGCAGAGCUGCAGCACUUCAUGCAGAGAGAGACAGAUGCAUCGGUGCUGGCCAAAGAUGUGGUGAAGCAGCUGGAAGGGAUCUCAUCGCUGGACCAGAAGGCACUGGCUGAAGCUCAGUCCCGGGUGCAGGAAUCCUCCCAGAAGCUGGAUCUUCUGCGGCUGGCCCUUGAGAGAUGCCUGAAGGAAAAGAACCAGGAGCCUCUACAGCAGCCUGCAGGGGGGGUCGACCCUUCAGAGGGAACCCCGUCUCCCCAAAACUCUGGACCUGGAUGUCCCCUGUCCACCUCCACGUCCAUCUUCUCUAUCAGACCGGCCUCCUUAACUGGCAAACUUGAAGUCAGGCUUCUUGGAUGUGAGGAUUUACUGAAACCUCAGACAAACCCAGAGCAGGAAAACGUUGCCAGUCCCACUGAGGACGGUUCACCUGCUGCUCCCCGGACGGACGGACCUUCUGCAGAGGUCGGUGCGGCGCUCCGGCUGGACGGCAGACUGGUCGGCCGGACACGGUGGGCAGCCGUCAGCAGACUGAGCUGGGAUCAGACGUUCUGCAUCCAGCUGGAGCGGUCUCGAGAGCUGGAGGUGUGUGUCUUCUGGCGGGACCGGCGGGCGAUGUGUGCCGUCAAGUUCCUGCGCCUGGAGGAGACGAUGGACAACCCUAACCACAACCAGGGGUUCAGCCUGGAGCCUCAGGGCCUCCUCCACGCCCAGCUUCGAUUCAUUGACGCUGUUGUCGAGCGGCAGCCGAGACUGAGACGUCAGCGAUGUAUUUUCACUAAAGAGAGAGGUAAGAACUUCCUCAGAGCCGCCCAGAUGAACAUGAAUUUUGCCACGUGGGGUCACCUGAUGAUGAGCAUCCUCCCUCGCUACAGCUCCUUCACCACGUUCAGCUCGUCCCUCUGUACGACCCCCGACCUGGUGGCCGACAACAGCCCACGUCCCACUGAGAAGGAGCCUCAAAUCACCACUCCACUGCCAGGUGAAGCUCCUGUAAUCAGACUCAGCAUCACUGAGGAUCAGCCGUCCCCCACCAGCAUCAACCAGGGAGGCAACAGCCCCACCAUCAUCACCACAGAACACAAAACCUCAUCUGUACCUGCACUGCAAGAAAAACUGUCGUCCAUAAACAAUACAGAGGGAAGUGAAGAUCAGCCUGUAUCUGCUCUAAAGAUGCACAUGGAGGAUUUCAAGUAUAUUUCAGUUCUGGGCAGAGGACACUUUGGGAAGGUUCUGCUGGCGGAGUUUAAGAAGACGGGGAAACUGUACGCCAUCAAGGCCUUGAAGAAAAGAGACAUCGUGACUCGUGAUGAAGUGGACAGUCUCAUGAGUGAGAAGAGGAUCUUUGAGAUGAUCAACGCGUCCAGACACCCGUUCCUGGUCAACCUCCACGGCUGUUUCCAGACCGGCGACCACGUCUGCUUCGUCAUGGAGUAUUUACCAGGCGGCGACCUCAUGAUCCACAUCCACAACAACGUCUUCACAGAGGCCCAGACCAGGUUUUAUUCAGCGUGCGUCCUGCUGGGUUUAGAGUUCCUGCAUCUGAAUAAAAUCAUCUAUCGAGAUCUGAAGCUGGACAACCUGCUGAUGGAUACAGACGGGUUUGUGAAAAUCACAGACUUUGGACUUUGUAAAGAAGGGAUGGGUCACGGAGACCGGACCUCGACUUUCUGUGGGACUCCCGAGUUUCUGGCCCCUGAGGUCCUGACAGACGACAACUACACCCGAGCGGUGGACUGGUGGGGGAUGGGCGUCCUCAUCUACGAGAUGCUCGUGGGAGAGUCUCCGUUCCCUGGUGAGGAUGAGGAGGAGGUGUUCGACAGCAUCGUCAACGAUGACGUGCAGUAUCCCGCCUCUCUUCCUCCUGACGCCGUCGCCAUCAUCCAGAAGCUGCUGAAGAAGAAUCCUCUGAAGAGGCUCGGAGCCGGAGAGAGAGACGCCAACGAGGUCAAAGGAGAGAAAUUCUUUGAGACCAUCGACUGGGAAGCUCUGCUGGCCAAGAAGGUGACGCCGCCCUUCCUGCCGUCGAUCAGAGAGCCCGUGGAUGUCAGCAACUUCGACAGCGAGUUCACUCGGCUCCAGCCGAUCCUGUCCCCCCCCUGCAAACCCUUCAGCCUCUCCGCGGAGCAGCAGGAGGCCUUCGCCGACUUCGACUUCUGCGCCUUGCAUGGAUGAAAGACGAGCUGAAAAGACCAGGGAGGGAAACGACCA